AUGUUAAAGCUUGUAACUACAAGUUUGAUUAGUGGAAAAGAAACAUCAAGAACGUCUUUCAAGGACAAGAAAGGAAAACAUGGAUCUCAUGAGGUUCGUUGUGUUAGAAGGCAAUUAAUGUUGGAAGCCAUUGCCAAUGAGCUUCCAAGUGGAACCAUAAGGUACAUGUCAAAGGUGGUUGCUAUUCAGGAAUCUGGCUUCUCUAAGAUACUACAUCUCACUGAUGGAGCAACAAUCAAAACCAAGGUAUUGAUAGGGAGUGAUGGAAUAAACUCUAUAGUGGCAAAGUGGCUAGGUUUCAAGGAAGCUUCCCCCAUAGGGAGAUAUGCAACUAGGGGUUAUGUAGAGUUGAAAAACACUCACAAGUUGGAACCAUUGUUCAUGCAGUACUUUGGCAAAGGUUUUAGAGCUGGAGUUAUUCCAUGUGAUGACAAGUGUGUUUAUUGGUUUUUCACAUGGACUCCUACCAUCAAAGAGCACCAAAAAGAGCUAGCACAAGACCCAGCUAAACUGAAACAAUAUGUGUUAAGCAAGUUAGAGAAGAUGCCAAGUUAUGUUAGAUCUUUUAUAGAUCAUACUGAGUUAGAUGCUUUUCAUUUAGCUCCAUUGAGGCAUAGACAUCCUUGGGAGCUCUUAAUGAAAAAUAUUAGUGAAGGAAAUGUUUCUCUUGUUGGAGAUGCCUUACACCCUAUGGCACCUGAUCUUGCCCAAGGGGGGUGUAGUGCUUUAGAGGAUGGGGUGGUUUUAGCAAGGUGCUUAGCUGAGGCUUUUUCCAAGAAUCCAAUGGAAGGAGAAGAAGAAUAUAAACUAAUUGAGGCAUGCUUGAAGAAAUAUGCAAAUGAGAGAAGAUGGAGAUGCAUUGAUCUCAUUACUAGAUCUUAUAUUGUGGGUUCCAUUCAACAAAGUGGUUCAAAAUUGACUAAUUUCUUUAGGGAUGAAGUUUUGGCUACUUUCUUAGCUCAUCAGCUGUUGCAAAAAAUAGAUUUUGAUUGUGACCAGCUAAAAGAGUUCUAA